CAAAGCCUUUUAAGGAUUUUCAGGAGAUUCAAGAAUUAAGCAGAUGUCUGUGACCACAGCUUAGCAUUGCUUCAAUCAUGUACUCAACGCAACCUGUCCAAGGAAACCAGCUGUUCACAGGAUGUUUGCUCACCUCUGCAUCCUCCAAAUACAGGGUGCAGAAAUACCUUGGGCAGGGCACCUUUGGAACAGUUGUAAAAUGCAAGAGGAUGAACGACGGGGAGAUCGUGGCCAUUAAAAUGAUGAAGUCUGAACACUUUUGGAAGGCGAAAGAGGAGGCUGCUAUCCUGAGGAAACUUAAAUCACUGGACCCAGAAAAAUCCAACCUUGUCCGUUGGUACCAGAUGUUCAAAGACCGAGGACAACUUUGCCUAGAGUUUGAGCACCUAGACAAAAGUCUCUAUGACUUGAUGAGAGAAAGACGUUUCCAACCUCUUCCACUGAAGCAUGUCAGACCUAUUGUCAAGCAGCUCGCCAAUGCACUCAAUUACUUGAGGGCAGCUAGAAUAAUUCAUGCAGACCUCAAGUUGGAGAAUGUGAUGCUGGUCAAUCAACAAGUGGAGCCCUACAGAGUCAAAGUGAUUGACUUUGGCCUAUCCAGCGAUGUUCGGUUUACCACGGUGGGCUCAUACAUUCAGACUCGUCCUUUUCGUUCUCCAGAGGUCAUUUUGGGACUCCCUCUCACAGAGGCCAUAGACAUGUGGUCCCUGGGCUGCAUGGUGGUUUUCCUCUACCUCGGCACUAUGCUCUACAGUGGUGACAGUGAAUAUGAUGUGAUCAGGAACAUAAUAAAGACUCAGGGUCAGCUACCACACAGCAUGCUCUGCCAAGGCAGAAAAACUCACUUGUAUUUCAUGAAAGACAAGAGGUCCACUACCUCCCUUUGGAAACUUAAGAACCCAGAACAAGUCAGAAGAGACAAGCGGAAAAAGCCAGUGGAGAAACAGAAGUGUGAGAUGACCUCACUGGAUGACCUCCUAUAUACACAUUCGAUUAACAGUGACAACAACGCAGAUCAAGAUGCACAGUGGAAAGAUGUGCAGAUGUUUGUGAACAUGGUGAAGGAAAUGCUUCAGCUUGAUACUGACACAAGGAUAACUCCCUCUCAGCUGAUGCAGCAUCGGUUCACCAGGAUGUUGCACAUUAUUAACCUGUAUCCAAGGAGCAAGUAUGUCAGGGACUGCUCCGAUAUGAUGACAUUCUGUCAAAAAAACAAAACUCAGGGCAGAUCAACGCAGCAACCAUCCACCAGGACUGCCAGCCCCCACAAGCAUCACUGCAUCAACCCAAGUCCAGGGUCCAGGAACCAAACCUCACAAAGGUCACACGGGUCAUGGGUGAAUAGUAAGGUUGUAGAUGUCAAGAACACAAAGAACACUGACACUGUGGUGACGAACCACCCAAGCAUGACUGCCACUGAAGUGAGGAGCCACCCGAACAUGACUGUUACUGCAACGAGACCCCACCUGAACACGACCGAAACUGCAACAAGGAGCCACCUGAACAUGACCGACAAUGCAGUGUGGAGCCACCUGGACAUGACCAACACUGCAGUGAAAAGUGACCACAACAUGACCAUUAGGAAGAAGAUAGCAGAAUAUUAUGAUGUAAAACCUAAGCUUGCCAACAAGAAGUACUAUAGUGACAAUAGCAGUUCUCACACAAACUCUGCAAGUCCAUCCAUCCCAAGCUCCAGCAGGGGGGCUGAGACAUAUGUCCCGACAUGGGACAAGAGAAAGGUAGCUCUUAGUGAAGACCGUGAUCACAAUUACGAUGUGAGGUCAGACCUCAAGAGGCAGAGGGCUGAGAACUACUCAGCAGACAAAUCCCCCUGCAAUUGCAACCAUGACUCUACCCACAUUGUCCCUGAUCCGUCUUAUCACAGGUGCAGGCCAGAAGAACAACGUCCUUCAGACAGCCCGUGGAAUGAGAGACAUGUCUGUUCAGGGCAGAAAAGAAAAGCUGGUGCAACUGCAGGUUCAUACAAGCCAGGCUGCAGCAACAGACCUGAAUCUACCCACACUGACCAAUUUCACUCAAAUCAGCGAAGGCCAGAUAAACACGUCCAACACAACUCUCCACAUUCAUCAGACAGCACCCUGGCCAAGAGACGAGUUCUUUCAGUUCAGAAAAGAAAAAUACCUCCAGAGGAAGAAGUGCGGCCUACAAGAAGAACUUGCGAUCACUGGUUAGAUGAAACACAGACGAUGCAAAGAGGUUCUGCAGCACAAGUUCCAUCGACAUCGGGCUGCAGUGACAGACAUGAAUCUACCCACACUGACCAUUUUCACUUGAAUCAGAGAAGAAGGUCAGAUAAACAUCCCAACUGUCCACAUCCAACAAACAGCACUCUGAUCAAGAGACCAGUUCGAUCGGGACGGAAAAGAAAAGCCCCUCCUGAGGAAGAAGAUGUGCUACCUUCAAAAAGAACUUGUGAUCACUCAUUAAACAAUAGAAAGUUGACACAGAGUUCAGCAGGUCCACAAACAUCAGAGUGCAGCAACAGUCAUGAAUGUGAAGAUGUACAGAUGUGCAUGCUCAUGUCUCGUACCCCCGAUGUUCACCUUCUUCCACCAAACACUGAACCAGUAGAAGAUAAUACCUUCUCACCCAAACACCCAACUUGCCAAGGCAGAUGA